UUGUUGCAUAGCUUGUUAUUUAUUAGUUUAAAUACGUUUUAAAAGGCGUUCCUGUGGUUUAAGUUAAAAAAAAUAAAAAUCGUUGUUUUUGUCAUUAUAUUCACCACUACUAUUACUGCAAGAAUUCUUAAAUACUAAUUUAAAUGGUGGUGUGUAGAUAUGUAUUAAUAUUACGCGCUACUGAAUAUGUUUUCAAGCUUUAUUUUACUAGCAAUGUUUCAAGUUAAUAAACAUUAAGAGGGAUGCAGUCCUUCGUAGCUCAUAAGAAGUUAACAGAGAUACAUAAAAGCUUGCGAAGUGCUAUCCGAACAUACAUGCAAAUUUAUAGGCGUGCCCUCGGGCUAUGAGUCACAGCCGGAACUUCAGAAACCCCACAAUAUAUAAACUAGUAUGAGACUUUAAUCCGCAAAUCUGGAAAAGCCCAGGAGAGCUGUGCGGACGGAGAAGGAAUGUUUAACGGUUGCAUUCAUAAAAAAGGGAAAGAAACAGCUACUGACUGACUUUGAGCACAUUUGUUCAUAUUUAAACUAUCAUAAGAAAGUGGCGAAGGAAAAACAGCCGCGGUCCACAGCAGACGAAUGAUAAGUAGGCAAAGCAAAUCACUGUAUCCAGAAUUUGAAAAGAAAAUACAAAAACAAUUAAAUACAAAAAGAGGGACGCGUUCAACCUACACCAACCCGGCGUGCGAACAGAAUUGAAGAACGGAGAGGAGGAAGAAACUUUCAUAAUUUCAAAAUAUAGAUUUUUGACGAUGGCAGAUGAUGAUAAUGUCAGUGCUAGUGGGAUAAAUUUUGCUUGUGAAAGCACAAAUUUUAAUGUGUUGAGCUGGGAACAAGUGCAGCGUUUGGAUAUCAUUUUAACAGAGACGAUCCCGAUCCAUGGCAGAGGAAAUUUCCCUACCUUGGAAAUGAAACCCAGGCAAAUAGUUAAAGUAGUGAGGAGUCGUCUGGAGGAGAAGAAAAUUAACGUGAGAGAUGUCAGGUUAAACGGGUCUGCAGCCAGUCAUGUCCUUCACGAAGACAGUGGGUUAGGGUACAAAGAUCUUGACCUCAUCUUUUGUGCAGAUCUUAAAGGUGAAGCGGAGUUUCAGACUGUCAAGGAUAUCGUUUUGGACUGCCUCCUGGAUUUCUUACCCGAAGGGGUGAACAAAGAAAAGAUAACACCUUUAACUUUAAAGGAAGCUUAUGUUCAGAAAAUGGUGAAAGUCUGCAAUGACUCGGACCGGUGGAGCCUCAUUUCCUUGUCUAACAACAGUGGCAAAAAUGUGGAACUGAAAUUUGUGGACUCCCUUCGGCGCCAGUUUGAAUUCAGCGUCGACUCGUUCCAGAUCAAAUUGGACUCUUUGUUGCUUUUUUACGAAUGCUCCGAGAACCCCAUGACCGAAACCUUUCACCCAACCAUCAUCGGGGAGAGUGUCUAUGGAGACUUCAAAGAAGCCCUGGAUCACCUCUGUCACAAAAUAAUUGCCACCAGGAACCCUGAAGAGAUCCGAGGUGGAGGCCUCCUGAAGUACUGCAAUCUGCUGGUGAGGGGCUUCAGAGCUGCCUCCGAGACCGAGAUCAAGUCUCUCCAGCGGUACAUGUGCUCUCGAUUUUUCAUUGACUUCUCCGACAUAGGAGAGCAACAGAGAAAGCUGGAGUCCUACCUACAAAACCACUUUGUGGGGCUGGAGGACCGCAAGUAUGACUAUUUAAUGACUCUUCACGGGGUGGUAAAUGAAAGUACAGUGUGCCUAAUGGGACACGAGAGGAGACAGACCCUCAACCUUAUCACCAUGCUAGCCAUCCGUGUCCUGGCAGAGCAGAACAUCAUCCCAAAUGUGGCCAAUGUCACCUGCUACUACCAGCCUGCCCCUUAUGUGGCCGAUGCCAAUUUCAAUAAUUACUACAUCGCCCAAGUGCAGCCUGUGUUCGCCUGCCAGCAACAUACCUACUCGACCUGGUUGCCCUGUAAUUAAAAGAAUGGACGCAGAGAUAAGGGAAGCUUCUGCAUCUAUGUAUAAAAGGGGUUGAACCAGUUAUUCAAUUGAAUAUGUGUUUUGGUGGGUUCAUGAUCUGCUCUAGCAUUCAUAUUUGAUAAACCUUGUGUUUUUCAUAUUAUAUUAGAGUAAGAUCUAAAGGUUAGGGAAAUUGGUUUCAACUCUACAGAGGUCUGUCAUAAGCCUAGCGCUUAAGCUUUCUGUGCAGAGGACAUGAGAAAGCUGCAAUGACAACUUGGGCAAGCAGAAAUAGUCCCAAAGCCUCAAUACAGCAAGUACUGGGGAGGCCAAACUAUAGUAAUUCAGCAAGGUUUGUGACGCACGGAGAACUGGACUAUUAUUACAGAAUUGGCUUUGAUCUUUGAUCAAUCAUAAAAUAGUCAGAAUGUAGGAAAAUAAAUAGCAGAGAUCCAGGCAUCUGCGUCAUGCUGUUGUGCAUGUAUCGAUCCCAAGAAAGUGCAGAAGCUGCUUGAUUUUUAUGGAAUGUGGGGUUUAGAAGUUACAGAUACGUAUGCACUUUUCAGUCAAUAGAACAGACAAAAGAUAACAUCAAAAACCGCUGCAGCUCCCAGCUGAUGCAUUUCAUUUUCUGAAAUGUGAACUCUGGAGAUAAAAUAAGCAUAAACCUAAUGUGUUUACAGACCAAAGAUUUUUCCUUUUAAACUGUAAUGUUUGGAAAAUCAGAGAAAUUAUGCUAUAUUUGUAUAUGUGAACAUGAAUAAAAGUGCCUAAUACCUAAAAUAGGUGGGAAGAAGUAAACAAGUCUUUCACUUUCGUGAAAAAAAUCCAUUAUUUCACUUCAUCAGGGACACAGGAUAACUAAAUCUAAAGCUUGUGAAUGUUUGAGUGGAAAAGCCCUGUUUUUUCAAGGCAAAUGUACCUGUACAGAAUAGUCUCACAAUUUAUGGUCGUGUAUUUUUAAGGUUUACAAAAUGGACUUGGCAUCUAAGGCAGGUAGGGGCUUAUUUUGUAGUACAAUACUGUGCUUGUGCUCUUAUGUUAAAAAGGUUAUCUUUAAACUUUGGAUACUUUGCAGAUAUUUGGAAAAAUACAUCAAAACUAGAAUCUGAAGUUUUAAAGGGAAUUAUAAUGUAGCACAAUUUUACAGCUACUGGUAGGUUGGUGAGACUUAAUUAUUUAUUUUGUUAUUUUUUGCAUCUAGUUUCACAUUUAAAAAACUGUAUAAUUCAGCUAUCCAUGUCACACCUGAGGAAAUACUUGAUUUUGAACCGUUUUAUGAACAUCUUGAAUAUUAGGAACGGGAACUUCUGUUAAGUUAAAAAAUGCAUUCCAAAAAUCCAUAUCAGAACAAUGGAACCCAUCUGUUACUGUGUUAGUUUGUUUACUGUAACUGCAUUAUUGAAUUGCAUUUAAUCCUUUAACCUUUUUAAAAUGAACUUCACCAGUUUCUCUCAGGGCGGUGGUAAUAAUGUAUCAGUAUAAUCUGACCUCAGACAGAAAGUGAAUAUAUGAUCACACUAGGGUCAGCAAAAAUAAUAUUCCUGUCAGCAGUUCAAUAUGUAAAAUACUGAAAACAAAUGACUUAAAAAAGUUAUGUUUUCUUUCUAUCACAUCUAUCCCACCUUACAAAGGGAGAUUUUUUUUUCUCCAAAAUGACACCUUUGCUUGGAAUUUUGCAAGGUCUGUCUAAGCUAUUGAUACGCCUCUCGUUACAGUGACCCUAAAAGCAAGUCCCUCUGUUGUCCAUUGGAUUGCAUGUAUUUGGCUGGGUGCGCAGUGUUGGCUUUGCUUGAUUAAUUGAGAGAAGGAAGGUUUUGCUUCCUGCAGCCAUUCCUUUCUAGGUAGGAGAUUAGGAGCCGAGACAAACUUGUCAAAGCUGUAGCGUUGCUGUAGCUGUUUUGACAGAGUUGAAAGGAAGCAGAGGGAGGGCUGGGGAAAUAGGAUCAGCUGGUGAUGGGGUAUGUCUUUUCUUACCACAACUAUGUGGUGUAAACACGAGUCGCUCACUUUGAGAGCAGGCUGUAAUGUGUAACGUUGUUAAAACCACAAUGUUCUGCAAUAAAGUCCACACCACCAGUGUUUUUAUCACAAAGACGAUUUUGCAAAGUUUUAAAGUGUUUGCUAUGUCUUCUUAAAAAGCAUGACGGCAACAAUUUGAACCUGACAGGAUUCUUAAGGAGAAGGAAUUUAUUUUUUUUACAAAGUGCUGUUGGCACUGGAAACAGAAAAAACCUUUAUGGGCUUGUCAAGGAUCCUUAUUAAUAUUUAUGACAUCUGCUCUUGACUGCUGUUUCUGGAUGGAGGUCAUGGCUUUACAAAUGAUGGGAGCUGUUUAUUUUCUUACAUACUGUGAGGCUUAGUUUUGCCUUGAAUGAGAAGAAAUGUUGAGCACAUGUAAAAAUGUCACUAUUAACAAAAGAUACAAUUAAGUAGCAGUUAAACAAGUGAUCAGUAAUGCAGAAAAUGUGCUCUGAUAUUAAAAGGGUUAAAUGCAGUAUGCUUUGUACAGAGAAUAUCGCAUUGGUGAUUUGUAGAAAACUGAUUUCUGUCCCUUUGGAACGUGAGUUAGUUUUCACUAGUGCUUUAUACUCAUCCCAUCACCUGUUUUUAUUUUUUGCUAUUAUUUUUUCUUACUUCAGUCUUUUUUACACUUCUAACAGUAUGCUAUGGAAUAUGUUAUGACCUUAAUUUUAAUAAUCCAAGGUUGUGAAGUAAACACUGUUAAUCCCGAUUUCUUUGGGUGUUUUCAUUGCCCUUGCAGUUCAUGUGUUAAAUUGAACAAUAACGAUGUUUGCAUUGUUUUUUUUUGGGGGGGCGGGGGAGGGGGGGUUAUAAUGUUGCUUUUCUGUGGCUGAAAAAAAGAAAUCCUAUAAGGUAUAUUAAUAUUGCAAAUUGUAAUACCGCUGUUAUGUUUUUUGUUCAGGUAGCUUGUUGAAGAUGCCUGCAUAAAACAUUUUUAAUGAAAAAUAUCUUCUUGUAACACAUCUCCUGUGAGUUUAAGGUAAUUUCAUUUUACAUCAUUAAAAGACUUGAAAAAGACCUCAAUGUGAAAUUUUUAAAGUUUCUACCUACAUCAAGAUCAAGUCGGAAAAAUUCAUUUUGCAGAUUUUGUAGCACUAACAUGAUAUUUUGUGGGACAUUACUUGAACUAAUCUCUAAGGCAAACAUUCAUAGACAGCAUUAAUAAGGCUUAUGUCAUACUGAUUACAAAAUAUAUUUAUUUUGGCAAUUCCCAUUGACCAUAGUCAUUUCUUUGCAUCAUACUUUUUCAACAUAACAAUACAUCACUCUUUGUAUAACUUGUAAUAGUGGCUCUGUUGAAAAAAACAAUAUGAAAAGUCAGAUGACUUAGAAUUCUUGGUUGACUCUUUGCAAAACCUUGCCUGAUGAAGGAGGCUCUCUGGAUUUACUUUUCCUUCCCACACAAUAUAAACAUUUAGCUUCCCAGAGGCAUUUUGCAGCGACAAGCUGUACCCUGGAUUGGUUUGAUUGAAUUGGAGUGGUGAUUACUGAAGGCUUGGGCAUGGUAAGACAAAGAAACAGACUCUUAGCAGCUUCAGCAUUUGUAUCAUUGGCAAGUGGAAGAGACUGUAAACUUUGUUUACGUUAUCCAAUAUUUGGAUUUUUUGUGGGGGAAAUAAAAGGACGUUAUU